AUGUUUCCUCAGUAUUGCUCCCCGUAUAACACAGAGAAGCGCCGCUACAAUGAAGAGCAGGCAAUGGCUGCAGCAGCUAAGGAUGGUGCAGCAGCAGCAGCACCGAUGCCUCCAGCUUACAGAGAUAUGGAUUUAAUACUGUUCCCGGAGGGAAGCUUAAGAGACGCAAACGGAAACGUCGUCUCGCAGCAGCACUUAAUAGUAAACGAAGGGGGUUCUCACCAGAAGAUAGAAGUUGUUUUCGUCUCCGCCGAUCGCGACGAAGCAUCAUAUAACAACCACAUUAAGCACAUGCCUUGGCUGGUUGUUGGCUUUCACGACCCUCUAAGGACAAUUCUCCUCAGACACUUCAGGGUAGAGAGAGAGUACGCUGUCCCAGGCCUAGGCCAGGGCCCCCGUGCUGCUUUGCCUGCUUUGGUGGUCGUCGGCUCUGACGGGCGCGACGCGCAGUUCUUGCAAGUCGGAGGGGGUAGAGAUGAAGGAGAGAGAGCUAUACUCAGGUGGGACUGGAGAAAUACAAAAUUCGGUGCAGACCGCUUCCUCGUACGCCGCGAGGGCUAA